AUGGGAGGAGGAGACUCCAUAUUUAAAAUGGUUGUUACGAUUUCAAAACUUCUAGGCACAAUUCCUGAUGAGAUCGGUUAUCUUUAUAACUUGAAGAGGUUAUUCAUAGGAAAAAAUGAGUUAACAGGCUCAAUCCCUCUUACCAUAUUCAACAUUUCAUCACUUGAAUGGUUAGUUAUGAAUGAUAACAAGCUUGAAGGAUCUCUACCAAGAGAGAUUGGAAAUUUGACUGUGCUUCAACUACUUCAUCUUUCAGAUAAUGAUCUGACGGGUGUAAUUCCAUAUGAAGUUGGUAACCUUAAGUUCACAGACAUUGCAUUCUCCCGGAACAACUUUAGUGGAUCAAUCCCUAUUGGCCAUGGUUUACCUAAUCUUAUAGAAAUACUUCUAAGUGGAAACUACAUUAAUGGCAUCUUACUAGCUUCCAUCUCAAAUUUGUCUAAGCUUGAAUCUCUCGAACUCGAUGGAAAUGAACUAGCCGGUUCAAUUCCUGAAUCUCUAGGAGAUUUAAGACAACUUGAAAGUCACAACUUGCACAGUAACUCCUUCACAAGUGAUUUGAGCUUGAUUACUCCUUUGGCCAAUAGUAAAAACUUGAGAAGAUUGAUAUUGUCUUUCAAUCCCCCAAACACAAUGCUUCCCAAAUCCAUUGGCAAUCUUUCUUCUCUUGAACUGUUUCGGGCAGCAGGCUGUAAACUCAAAGGUCAUCUUCCAAAUGAAGUCUGGAAUUUGAGAAAUUUGUCUAUUUUGGAUCUGGAUGGUAAUGACUCUACUGGAAUUGUCCCGGCCAUAAUAAGCUCUUUAGAAAAUCUUCAAAGGCUUUCACUUGGUAAAAACAGAAUAAGUGGUCCUUUCCCAAUUGUUUUAUGUGAGCUACCCAAAUUGGGCAUGCUAUCACUUUCACAAAAUCAAAUGUGGGGAAAUAUUCCUAGUAGCACUGCUACCAUACCUUCAAGUCUGUGGAACCUCAAAGACAUUUUAAAGAUGAACUUAAUUGUCUUCCAAUUUCUUCAAUGGUUCUCUACCGUUAGAAAUUGGAAACCUCAAGGAUGCAAUACUUCUGGAUUUUUCUAG